AUGUUGACAAGACAACGGGCAAGGUGGUUAGCUGCCGAGGAAAAAAAAGAAGAAACAUUAGUUUUUAGAGAGGAAAAUUCAAAUGAUUUCUCAGAUGACGAAAUUUUGCCAUCAUCAAUUGAGAACGCUGACAAUGAUGAUGAUGAUGAUAAUUUUUCCGGUGGUAAUGGCAAUAAUAAAAAGUAUGAUGGAAACAAUAACAACGAAUCACUUGAAGCCAUCUCUGGACCCAAUGAAUCAUCUUAUUUAGGUAAAGACCGUACAACGGUAUGGAGUAAAACAGAACCACCAGCAUCAAAAACUCUGCUAAAAAAUAUUUUGACUGAGGUUGCUGGAGUUAAAGGACCAGCAAAGAAUGCGAAAUCACCAUUAGAAGCUUGGGAGCUUUUUUUUGAUUCUUCUGUUAUUAAAAAAAUAACACUGUUCACGAAUCAAAGACUAGAAAUACUCCAAAAGAGUUUUACACGUCCAAGAGAUUGUCCUUUGACAGAUGACGAAGAAAUUAGAGCUUUUCUAGGGCUAUUAUAUCUAUCUGGAAGCUUGAAGCUAUCACAUACGGAUACUAAUGACAUUUGGGCUACGGAUGGUUCAGCCCCAAUUUAUUUUAGGAGUGUAAUGAGCGAGAAUCGAUUCUGCACGCUGCAAAGAGCUCUUCGUUUCGAUGACGUCAAUACUAGAAAAGAAAGAGUGACGUGUGAUAAGCUCGCACCAAUUAGAGAGUUGGUAGAUGACAUGUCUCGGAAGUUUUUAGAUAUGUACAGUGUAGGUGAAUGCGUAACAAUUGACGAGAUGGUGUUUGGCUUUAAAGGUAAAUGCGGAUUUAAACAAUAUUUACCAAUGAAACCACAAUCUUAUGGGCCAAAAGCUUUUGCACUAGUAGAUUCUGAUACUUUUUACACUUCUGCGAUUGAAAUAUAUACUGGAAAACAGCAACCAGGACCGUUUUUCAUCGAUAAUAAACCAGCGACAGUAGUUAAACGUAUCUCAGCGUCAAUUCUCGGUACUGGGCGAAAUAUUACCAUGGUCAAUUGGUUUAGUUCCAUUGGCGUAAUAGAUGAACUCCAGAAAGAACAUCGUACUACAGUUGUUGCAACUAUUAAGAAAAAUAAGAGAGAACUACCACCUGAAUUCGUUAAUCCUAAGAAACGUUCUGUUAACUCAUCAUUAAUUGGGUAUAAUGAAGGAAAAGUGUUAGUUUCUUACGUUCCUAAAAAAGGCAAAUGUGUCGUUGUAGUAUCAUCUAUGCAUCAGUCUGGUACUAUUGAUGUAAAUACAGGUGAUCAACAAAAACCAGAAAUAAUAACUUUUUAUAACCGUACAAAGGGAGGUGUUGAUACUGUUGAUCAGUUGAGAGGAAGCUACUCUGUUGCUAGAUGUUCUAACAGAUGGCCUUUAACCCUGUUUUAUGACAUCUUAGAUAUUGUAGGCAUCAAUUCACAAAUUAUUUACUCUGAAAACACUAAUUAUACCAUGCCACGGAAAAAGUAUUUAAAAUGUUUAGCAACAGAAUUAACGAAGCCAUGGAUGAUAAGGCGCUUAAAGAUUCCAAGUCUAAGUGCUGAGUUGAGAAGUUCAAUAAUUAAUUGCGCUGGUAUUAAGACUACAAAGACUCAUAAUUAUUUAGAAUCCGAUAGGAAAAGAUGUGCUUUCUGUCCAAGUAAGAAGAAUCGUAAAACAUCAACUGUCUGUUGUCACUGUUCUAGUCGAAUUUGUGGAGAACAUACUCGUGCAAUAUGCAAACAAUGCUUUAAUCUGGACAAUACACUCGAAAAUUGA